UAUAGCAUCGGACAACACCACACUCUAUCCAGUUUUGUUAUAAUUAUAAAUACAUAUAAUAGAGUUAUGGCAAAUUAUUAUGAAAUAACCGGCGUUGCCAAACAGCCCCAAAACCACCUCGGCGUAACAUAACCCACUUUCCAAACACACCCUUAGAAAACCUUGCCAUAUGGAGCCAUAGGCACCACUCGUCAGACUCCGGGAGAGGGAAUCAACAAACAGACGGCGGCCACGAUGACCUCCGCAACCAAACACACAUCUAUCGUCUUCGUCUUCGUCUUCCUCAUCCUCUGCGUUUGGUUCUCAGUCUCGUCAUCCAAAUCCACCGACCCGACUCCAACUCCAUGGCCCCACCAAUUCCACUCCAUUCUCUUCAUGAAUUACAGCGGUGCUCUCGAAAUAAUCGAUCUCUGGUAUGACUGGCCCAACGGUCGAAACUUCAACAUCAUGCAGGACCAGCUUGGGGAGCUUGUGUACGACCUUGAGUGGAACAAUGGAACUUCGUUCGUCUACACAUUGGACGCCCCCAAUAGGUGUCACACAGCACAGCUUGAGGUGGGGAUUCUUCGCCCUAAUUGGCUGGACGGAGCCAACUAUCUGGGUCAGCACCAGGUCGAUGGGUUCCUCUGCAACUUGUGGGAGAAGGUGGACUUCAUUUGGUACUACGAGGAUGUUGUCACCAAAAGGCCCGUGCAUUGGCGCUUUUACACAGGAAGGACUGCACAUGUGAUGACAUUCGAAGUGGGGGCAGUGCUUGAGGACACGAAGUGGCAGGCCCCAGUAUACUGUUUUGAGAAGAAGACUGAUACUGAUACUGAUACAGCUCUUCCAAAGGCGGACAUUGGCUCUAUGAGGCUGGAUGGGAUUCCUAGAGGUUCAAUCAGGCUCCCAAUGUAAUGAUCUCUCUUGUAUUUCUAGACUACUACUUCUGUCUCAAUAAAAUUUGCUUUCUUUUGUGAA